AGUUGGAUUGGAGGAUAAAUGGCAGACCAGGUUAAACAAAAGCUAAAGGUGAAAUCUAUGGAGGAUAGAUGCCCGGCAUUUAGGGCUUUAUUUAACAAAAGAGUUAUAUAGUUUCCCAGUUGGAGGCACAAUGGAAUUGUAGAGAACCGAGAAAAGGCUUCAGACCCCUCUUAACUGUGAAAACAACAGGUGAAUGAGCCAAAGUUAAUCACUCCCAUGCACACGUCCCUUUCUUACUUCCCUCCCCCACCUCUGCCGCCUCUGCUCUCUCUAUCUCUCUCUCUUUCUCACACAAACACAAGCACGCAUCUAUCGGGAAUACCAACCAUUAAUUUUCUUUUGCCCUUUAACCUAAGCCGUUUACUAAAUUUCUCUAUUUUUUUCUAGCAGGGCCUGUUUAUGAUACAUCAACAACUUGUGCAAAGUAUUGAAAGUUGAAAUUACAACAAUGUACACGAGCUAUAUUUACAAUGCAACAAGUCGAGUUAGAGAAGGAAAACAGUUUCUGGGUCUGUUUCAUCUCCUAGUAUAUUAGUAGUAUCUCUUAUCUCUCUCUCUCUCUCUUCUCUUUAUCCUUCAUCCUCUUCUUUGUAUCUUUAGCAACUCAACAAUCAAGAAGAUCAGAUCAAGGUGUGAGGAACCUAUCAAAAUCCACUGAUCAGUCAAUCUAUCAAUCAAUCAAAUCAAAGAUCAAAAAGAAAAUAAAAAAGGAUGUCGUCCUCAACAGCUGCUUUUUCUCCGGACCACCUCUCUCCCUCCGACCAGCUCUGUUACGUCCAUUGCAACUUUUGCGACACUGUUCUCGCUGUGAGUGUUCCUUGCACCAGCUUGUUCAAGACUGUUACGGUUCGAUGCGGCCACUGCACCAAUCUUUUGUCCGUCAACAUGCGUGGCUUGCUUCUUCCUGCAGCUAAUCAGCUUCACCUUGGCCAUUCUUUCUUUACCCCUCAGAAUCUCCUGGAGGAGAUCCGAACUAGUCCACCACCAAAUAUGCUGAUCAAUCAACCAAACCCAAACGACACGGUUAUGCCUGCUAUUCCUGGGGGAAUUGAUGAGAUCCCCAAUCCUCCAGUGGUCAACAGACCUCCGGAGAAGAGACAGAGAGUCCCAUCUGCCUACAACCGCUUCAUCAAGGACGAAAUCCAACGCAUCAAAGCUGGGAAUCCUGAUAUAAGUCACAGAGAGGCCUUCAGUGCCGCUGCCAAGAAUUGGGCUCACUUCCCACACAUACAUUUCGGACUUGUGCCUGAUCAACCCGUGCAGAAAACUAACGUAUGCCAACAGGAAGGAGAGGACGUGCUCAUGAAAGAUGGAUUCUUUGCUCCUGCCAAUGUGGGUGUCACUCCCUACUAAACAAAGUGAAACUAUUGUUAGGGUUUCUUUGUUUCUUGAUCUCUUCUACUUAGAAGUUAUUAGGUAUCUUGUUAAUUUUUAAGACAUGUUCUCUCAUAAGACACUCCAAACUUUGGGUUUCAAUUAAUUUAUGUCAGUAGUUAUGGGAACGGAUUUUGAUGUCUAGAAUUAAUGUUAUUGUGAAACCUAACAUAUCUGCUCUACGUAUGUAGCUACAAAGAACUCUUAUGAACAUGAAGGCUUUUAUGCUGAUGAAUAUAUAGUUCUCAGACGUUAGCCUUAUGUCAUCCUAGUUCUUCAAAAUUUAAAUUCCAAUUAA